GGUGGCGGCGGCGGCGGCGAGGAGAAAAAACUAGAGGAAAGGAGAAGAAGGAAAGAGCAAUUAAAUUCAUAUUAAAUUCGUUCUAAAUAACUAAGGAAGGAGAAAUUUAAGUGAAAAUUGAUUAAUUCAUAUUUUAAUCAACCAAAUUAAACGCAGAUAAAAACCGCUAGGGCCAUCGUUGCGGCGUCCAGCAAAGAAAUCCGAUGGCAGGAACGGGUUCAAGAUGGUCGCUUUCCGGAUGCACUGCUCUCGUUACCGGUGGGACUCGUGGCAUCGGACAUGCGAUUGUGGAAGAGCUCGCUGAAUUGGGUGCAAAUGUCUACACUUGUUCGAGGAACGCGGAGGAGCUCAACCAGCGGCUACAGGAAUGGACUUCCAAGGGCUACACAGUCACUGGCUCCGUCUGCGACGCCUCUUCCAGAGACCAAAGGGAAAAGCUCAUCGAAAGCGCAUCCUCUGCUUUCGAUGGCAAGCUCAAUAUCCUUAUAAAUAAUGUUGGGACUAAUAUCAGGAAGCGAACUGUCGAUUACACUGCUGAAGAAUAUUCGAUGCUGAUGGCUACAAACUUAGAAUCCUCCUACAAUUUAUGCCAACUUGCUCAUCCUCUUCUUAAAGCUGCUGGGACCGGCAGCGUCGUAUUUAUUUCCUCUGUUGCUGGUCUUGUGCAUUUGUUUUCGGGAUCUAUAUAUGGAGCCACUAAAGGGGCACUGAACCAGCUCACAAAAAAUUUAGCUUGUGAGUGGGCAAAGGAUAACAUUCGGGUGAACUGUGUCGCUCCUUGGUACAUCCGAACAUCCCUUGUGAAACCUUUGCUGGAGAAUGAAGAGUUCUUGAAUAGUGUAAUAUCUAAAACUCCACUCAAACGUCCCGGAGAACCACAAGAAGUCUCCUCCUUGGUCGCUUUCCUUUGCCUUCCCGCAGCGUCUUAUAUCACAGGUCAAGUUAUAUCCGUUGAUGGAGGAAUGACCGUGAAUGGUUUCUCGUUCCCUUGACAAUAAUUAGUAUGUUUGUUCGUUUUAGAAGUAUUUUUGUGAUGUAUUUUGCAUAUUUCUGGUUUCAAAAUAAAAAUGACUUGAGUUGUGAACACAGUCGACUAUAUAUAAAUCUCAUGUUUUAAAACAAUAAUGAAAUGCUUUAAUAAUGGCGA